AUGGCGUCUAUUUUCAGACCUUCAGUUUCACUUGAUCUACUACGACCAAAGGUUACUUGCACGCAUCUCUCUACGUAUGAGCGAUUUGAGUUUCAGAAGAAGAGUUUGAGGAAAGAAAGGCUAAAUGUUAGGUUCAAUGGCUUCAAGGCUAAUACAGCUCAAGGAUCAAUUGAAGGGAUUAGUGUGGUACAAGAGAAGGAGAUUAACAACAAAACCGAUUAUGGAGUUGUUGGGGUUCACCAUGUGGGUCUGCUCUGCGAAAACUUAGAACGGUCACUCGAAUUUUACCAGAACAUUUUAGGUCUUGAGAUCAAUGAGGCAAGGCCACAUGAUAAGCUUCCAUAUAGAGGAGCAUGGUUAUGGGUAGGUUCAGAGAUGAUUCAUCUUAUGGAGCUUCCAAAUCCAGACCCAUUAACAGGUAGACCUGAACACGGAGGCCGGGAUCGACAUGCCUGUAUCGCAAUCCGUGAUGUUUCAUCUCUGAAAGAUAUCCUGGACAAAGCUGGGAUUAAGUAUACGAUGAGCAAGUCAGGGAGGCCUGCGAUAUUCACUCGUGAUCCAGACGCAAACGCUCUUGAGUUUACUCAAGUUUGA